UGCCCGCGCUUCCGCUUCGGCCCCCUCCCCCCGGAGCUGAUGGUGCCGCGGCUGCGGCACGUCGUGCAGGAGGAGGGGGUGGACGUGACAGAGGAUGGGAUGAAGGCUCUGGUGACCCUCUCGAGUGGUGACAUGCGCAGAGCCCUCAAUAUCUUGCAGGUACGGGUCGGGGGUUGUGGUCGCUCUCCUCAGCGGCGGGCAGCCCCUUGCACGGGGCACCCCCUCAAGUCUGACAUUGCCAACAUCCUCGACUGGAUGCUGAACCAGGACUUUUCCACCGCCUACCGCAACAUCACCGAGCUGAAGACGCUGAAGGGCUUGGCCCUGCAGGACAUCCUCACCGAGAUCCACCUCUUCGUGCACAGAGUCGAUUUCCCACCCUCAAUCCGCAUCCAGCUGCUGAUCAAAAUGGCAGACAUCGAGUACCGACUGGCUGCUGGGACCAGUGAAAAGAUCCAGCUGAGCUCCCUCAUCGCAGCUUUCCAAGUCACCAGGGACCUCAUCGUGGCUGAAGCCUGA